GUCCUUUGUCGCUGUGCGGCAGAAGAACAGUGGAGGCUAGCCCGCCGUUAGAGCUGUAUUGUUGUAGUGUUUCUCUACGAAAUAAAGGAGUCUUUCUUAAUCUCUGUGCCGAGCACUCAGUGUGCACAUGCCUAGAUUCCUCCCGGGCUAUCCAUCCAACCUCCACACUAGUGUAUCAGCAACAUGUCCACAUAUGGCGGUAUCAACGAGAAUAUUGAAGAUUACGCGCAGGAAAAGGAUGCCAUCAUAGUCGACUUACGGAGCGAUACGAUUACAAAACCGACGGAAACAAUGAGACUGUCCAUGUUUCUAGCGUGUGUGGGAGACGAUGUCUAUGAGGAAGAUCCUACAGUGAAAGAAUUACAAAAAAUGGCCGCGGAAUUACUUGGAAAAGAAGACGCGUUGUUCGUCAGUACCGGUACGAUGGGAAAUUUGAUAGCUAUCAUGAAUCACUGCGACGUGCGCGGCAGCGAAGUCUACUGCGGCGACAAGUCGCAUGUGUUUCAACACGAGCAGGGUGGUGCCGCGCAAUUAGCCGGCGUAAGCCUCUACGUCCUGCCGAAUAACAACGACGGCACGUUCGACUUGAAGAAGCUGGAGGGCGCGAUUCGCAGUGAUAGAUUGCACGAACCGAUCUCGAAAUUGGUGAUAGUGGAGAACACGAUUAAUGGGAUAAUCGUGCCUCAAUUGUGGGUGGAGGAGUUGACUGCGGUGGCGAGGAGGCACGAUCUUAGGAUGCAUUUGGACGGGGCGCGAUUAUGGAACGCUUCGGUGGCUUCAAAGAUCUCGGCGAAGGAUCUCGCGGCUCCGUUCGACUCGGUUACCUUUUGCUUGAGCAAGGGAUUGGGCGCGCCGGUUGGCUCCGUGCUUUGCGGAAGCAAGAGCUUUAUCGCCAAUGCGAGGAGGAGGAGGAAGGUGCUGGGCGGUGGGAUGAGACAGGUCGGUGUAAUCGCCGCAGCCGGGCUCGUCGCCCUGGAAGACUCGAUACCGCUAUUAGAGGAGGACCACCAAAGAGCGUUGACGAUCGCGCAGGCGAUCAAUGAGAUGAAUUCCAAGGUGUUCACCGUAGACAUGAGAUCCGUGCAGACCAACAUGAUAUUCGUGGACGUCAAUUCCGAGCGCAUAUCCGCGGUGGAUUUCAUGAAGAGACUCCAUCAAGUAGAACGGCCCGAUGAGGAUGACAGAAUUAUAAUCCGGUGUCUCGCUCUAACCAACAAAUUGAUCAGAAUCGUUCUUCAUUACGAUAUCAAUGAUCCGAUGAUGUACUCUGCUAUACGCAAGUUAAAAUACGUCAUCAAAGAGAUGACGACUCUUCAUGGAGAUGACUCUAAGUCUCCUGAAAAUUAACUGAAAAAGAGGCGAUAACGUAUUAAAUAUUUAAUGAAUAAAAGUAUAUAUAUAUAUAUAUAUAUAUAUAUAUAUAUACUCGUAUAUAACACUCUUCCCAGCAUAUUAAUUUGACAAAAUAGAACAGCAUAUCUGAAUUUUUUUCAUUUUAUAUAUUUCCACCGACUUC